UCGGUGGCUUUCGCGUCUUGGCGCUUUCUUCUCUCCUUUCCCUCGUAGCCACUUACUCGAUUGUAUCCUCUCUCUCUCUUCCUUGCUUUUUUGUCAUUGCUUUACUUUCCAUGCUUCGCUAGGGACGGACCGAACGGGGAAGCGGAUGAACGCAACGCAACGCAGCGCAGCGCACAAAGCCUACACAAGCAAAGCGAAGCGAAGUAGCCAUCAGAGCACUUUGUUCUUGCUCUUAUAGCUCGCCUUGUCCGCUCAACUUCUUCUUCUUCUUCUUCUCCUCCUCGCUUCGUCCUCCACAGAUCGUCCAUCCAUCCUCUUCGGAUAUCUACCUACUUAUCUACCUGUUCCCAUUUGUGUAUAUAUAAUUGUACUCGCUACCGUCGACCGUGAUCGCAGUCGCAAUCGCAAUCUGCAAUGAACUCGUCCUAUCACCCUCCCGACAUGUCGCAGCGAAUGCCUGGCCCAGGCUAUUCGUCCAGCGUGCCGCCACCUAUUCACGCAUACCAACAGCAGCAACAACACCAACACCCCCCGCCGUCUCUUCUACCUCCGCCGCCAACUCAGCAUCAUCAUUCUUCUCACGCUCCUCCUCCGCCACCACCGCCUUCUUCGUCUUCUCACUCACUGUCCUCGCAUCAACACCACGCUCCUCCUCCGCCCCAUCACCAUUCUCAACUUCCACCGUAUCCUCCAACUCAAUACCAACAGCCCCACCCGAACCAAUACCCUCGACCUCACCCACUUCCUCCUUCGCGGAACGAUGAACCUCCUCCACCGUCCUCGGAGCCAUCGCCCAGCGAUCAGCACGAAAAGCCCAAAUACGAACCGCCGUCUGUCUCCAAAAUUGAGGAAGGCACGGGCCUGAAGUAUAGGUCGGUCAUAUAUAACCUCUGAAAGUGUCAUCUUGCUCUUUUGACUAAACGAGCUCACUAGUCUCGAUGUGCAACAACAACCCAUACGUGCGCGCAUGUGCGGUUUUGGUGACAAGGAUCGCCGCCCGAUCACACCGCCGCCAUGUGUUCGUCUUGUAAUAAUAAACAGUGAGACAGGAAAGGAAGUUGACUACAACACCCUCGAUCAUGCCAUGUUCGUGCUGUCGGUCGAUCUGUGGGAUAAGGACGGUAUCAAAGAAGUGAACCUUGUCCGAUCCUCAACCGGGCCAGGCUCUGGGGCGUCCUCAAACAACUACUCUUAUUCAACUCUCGAGCCUAGCACGCCUUCUUAUCAGCAGCAAGCUCUUCCUCCAAGCCGCGAGUCUGGUUAUCCGCAGGGCCAGGGACUGGGGUACGCGCAGGAGUAUCCUCCGUCGGUGCAACAAGGCUAUGGGCAAGCACCGUCGUACCAGUCGAGCAGUUCCUACGGUCCGCCCCAGCAAUAUUUCCCGCGACACAGCGGCUACAAUACCGAUCCUCCCGCUUCAUCGGCCAAUCCUCUUUUCCGCAAUGGCUACGGCCAGGAUCAGAACGCGCUUACCCGAAUGGCGGUGGUGGGAACCCAGCCCCAGGGAAUGUUUACGAGGAACCUGAUCGGGAGCCUGGCUGCAAGUGCAUUCCGUCUCAACGACACCGACAAGAAAGCAGGUAUCUGGUUUGUUCUCCAAGACCUGAGCGUUCGCACUGAAGGCACUUUCAGAUUGAGGUUCUCGUUUGUUAAUGUUGGAGGAGCCGGCGGUGGUCUGCCAAUUCAUGUCAACCAAGGUCGUGCACCAAUCCUGGCCUCGUGCUACAGCCAGGACUUCAGCGUGUAUUCGGCCAAGAAGUUUCCUGGCGUGUGUGAAAGCACACCUUUGAGUAAAACGUUUGCGCUUCAAGGCAUCAAGAUCCCGAUUCGAAAAGAUACAAACAUUAAAGGUGAAGGCGACGAAGAGAUGAUGUACGAUCAGAACUGAAGAGACUGUUUGGUGGCUGGAAAUAUCCCUUGGCGCUGAUGACUGCGUCAAAAUUGAGCUGUCAGGUUCGAGUCGUUUAGAAGCAUUAUACCCGCAAGAGAUGGGAGAAGGCAUAUUUGGUGAGACCACAACGCCCAAAGAAAAGACCAAAACAUGGUCCUUCUUAGUUGUGUGUCCAGGAUGGACUGCCAAUGGAUAGAUACAGGAGACCUCUCCGAUCUACAAGGUCAAGGUUUGCGCAAUUGGGGAGACGUACCGGUGUCG